UAAGAAACAUCGUGGAAAGUCCACCUCCUUGUGGAACCAGUAUAUAACACCAUGUAAAGGAGUGUUUUAUCGAUAUCAGAAAAUAUGGAAGGAAAGCUUUACGAGGCAUCUUUGAAAGGCGACGUACAAGCACUCAAUGAACUACUCCAUCAAGACCAACUCAUCCUCGACAGACUCUCACUCACCGCCUUCAAUGAAACCCCCCUCCACAUCGCCACCAUGCGCGGCCAUCUCAAUUUUGCCACGGUGGUUCUGACCCAAAAGCCGAAACUUGCCAUGGCCUUAGACAGCCAAAGACGAACCCCACUCCACCUUGCCUCCGCCAAUGGCAACCUGGAGAUGGUGCAAGAACUUAUACGGUUAGGUAGUGGCGGCGUGUGUGGUUUUCAAGAUCAAGAUGGGUUAACCCCUCUUCAUUUGGCAGCCAUGAACGAGCAUUUGGAGGUUAUGAAGGCUCUGAUUCAGGCGAAUCCUCAAGCUGCUAAGGAGACGCCGGCGAGUGGAGAAACCAUCUUGCAUAUGUGUGUUAAUUAUAAUCGGAUUGAGGCGUUGAAAGUGUUGAUGGAGCUGUGGAAAGAAGAGGAGUUAGCCAAGAUCACAGAUCAUAAUGGAAACACUCUCUUGCAUGCUGCUUCUAUCAAUAAACAGAUACAGAUUUUAAGCUAUUUGCUGAGUAUACCAAGUAUCAAAGGUAAUGGAAAUGCUGUAAACAGACAUGGAUUAACGGCACUAGAUGUUUUAGAUCAAUCCCCGAAAGAUCUCAAAGGGUUUGAAACACAACAGAUUCUUAUGGAAGCCGGUGUUUUAAGAGCAAAUGGUCUUCGACCUCUCUCUAAGCCUUUACAACCAUCAGCAGUUCUCUCUCAGAUUAAACGAAAGGGUUUCUUAUCAAGAACAUGGGAUCGGUAUCUGAACGACGACAAACAAUGGCUGGAAAAGCAACGUGGGAUUCUAAUAGUUGCCGCCUUAGUGGUGGCGGCGAUGGCUUACCAUUCCGGUAUCAAUCCUCCCGGAGGGGCGAUUACUGACACCCAAAAUGGUCGGUAUUCUCUUGGAAACGCAGUUCAAACGGAAGUAGAUAUGGAUCAGUUCAACAGUUUCGUGAUGUAUAAUACAAUCACUAUGAUAUUUUCGUUGGGCAUAGUUGUUAUCUUGAUCACCGGAUUUCCUCUGAGAAACAAGUUCUUAAUGUGGGUGCUUACGCUUGGAACACUGUUCACGGUGGUGUUUAUGGUGGCUACAUAUCUGCAGUCGCUAGGGAUGAUGGCGCCAGAUGGGUAUGUGGAUGCGACGAGUGUUUGGGUUUGUUUGGUUUUGCUGUUGGGUUGUGGGAUCACCGCGUUGAUUCAUACCAUUUAUUUUGUUGUUUGGGUGGUGAUGAAGCUGUCAAAGCGCAGGAUGCCGGAGACCAAUGCAACAAGGAACCAGAGUGUGGCUGAAGUUUGAUUUAUUUAUCUAUUUAUUUAUUUAAUUCUUAGAUAAUAUGCCAUUUUUUUUUCUGUUUAGUUGACGUACACUUCAACCCUUUAAUUGUGAAAAUAUAUCAAGUUUGAUUUGUAUC